CUCGCAUCUCACUUUCUCUCACCCUCACGCACUUCAGAACUCCACACACACUCUCCCGUACAGGACACCACCGAGCUAAAGGAAACAUGAGUUACUCCAGUGACAUCUACAGCAGCAGCUCCUAUCGGAAGAUCUUCGGAGAUGCCCCCCGCUCCGGUCGCGUUGGUCUCGGGGGCGGCAGCAGCAGCAGCCCGUCCCGUCUGCAUUCCGCUGGUUACCGCAGCAGCCACCGCACCUAUGGAUCCCCCCCCGUGAUGUCCUCCGCCACCUACCGCAGGUCGGCGGCGCCCGGCCGCGUCUUCUCCUCCAUGCCGGACUCCGGAAUGGACCUGACACAGUCCACUGCUGUCACCAACGAGCUGAAAAUCAUCCGCACCAACGAGAAGGAGCAGCUGCAGGGACUCAACGACCGCUUCGUGUCCUUCAUCGAGAAGGUGCACAACCUGGAGCAGCAGAACAAGGUUCUGGAGGCAGAGGUGACGCUGCUGCGACAGCGCCACAAUGAGCCGUCUCGCCUGCACGAGCUGUACGAGCAGGAGAUCCGCGAGCUGCGGGCGCGCGUGGAGGAGCUGACGCACGAGAAGAGCCAGAUGCACCUGGACUGCGUGCAGAUGAACGAGACGCUGGAGCGCGUGCGGGAGAAGCUGGAGGAGGAGAGCCGGCUGCGCGAGGAGGCGGAGGGCGCCCUCAAGGGCUACCGGAAGGACGUGGACGACGCCACGCUGGUGCGUCUGGAGCUGGAGAAGAAAGUGGAGUCGCUGCUGGACGAGAUCGCCUUCCUCAGGAAAGUUCACGAGGAGGAGCUGCAGGAGCUGCAGACGUCUCUGCAGGCCACACAGGUGUCAGUGGAGAUGGACAUGAGUAAGCCAGACCUGGCUGCCGCCCUGAAGGACAUCCGGGCUCAGUACGAGAACCUGUCUGCCAGGAACCAGGUCCAGGCAGAGGAGUGGUACCAGUCCAAGUUUACCACCGUGACCGAGGCGGCCGCCCGCAACCAGGACGCCAUCAAGCACUCAAAGGAGGAGCUGAGCGAGUACCGCAGGCAGGUGCAGGCCCGCACCCUGGAGAUUGAGGCCCUCAGGGGCCACAAUGAAGCCCUGGAGAGGCAGAUUGCGGAGAUGGAUGAUCGCCAUAACAAUGAAAUUGGAGAGAUGCAGGACACCAUUCAGCAGCUGGAGAACGCUCUGCGCAGCACCAAAGGAGAAAUGUCCCGUCACCUGCGAGAGUACCAGGAUCUGCUGAACGUCAAGAUGGCGCUGGACAUUGAGAUCGCUGCCUACAGGAAGUUGCUGGAAGGUGAAGAAUGCCGCCUCAGCUCCGUCGGUGGUGCCAUGGUCCAGUCGGGCUACCCUGGCUUCUCCUACAUGUCUGCCAGAACCUACACCCUGGGAGCCUACAGGAGGUUCGGUGCCAAGCCUGAGGAGGAGGAGGAAGAAGAGGCGGAAGAGGAGAAGGAGGAGGAGGAGGGAGAUGAUGGAGAGGAAGAGGGUGAGGAUGAGGGAGAAGAGGGAGAGGAGGGUGACGACCAGGAGGAAGGUGAGGAAGGGGAAGAGGAGGAGGAGGAAGAAGAGGCGGAAGAGGAGAAGGAGGAGGAGGAGGGAGAUGAUGGAGAGGAAGAGGGUGAGGAUGAGGGAGAAGAGGGAGAGGAGGGUGACGACCAGGAGGAAGGUGAGGAAGGGGAAGAGGAGGAGGAGGAAGAAGAGGAGGAGAAGCCAAAGGGGAAGGAGGAGAAGGAGAAGGAGAAGAAGAGCUCCAACGGAAAGAACAGCAAGAGCUAAACUGCUUGUUUCACCAUCUUCAUCAUCUUCAAUGAGACAUCCCACAUCCCACCAAUCACUUAUAUGGAUCUGGUUACUGUUCACAUCAUCGCUUACACACACACACACACACACACACACACGCACACACUCACACCUUCUGUGUCGUUGUCUGUUUUCUCUGUAACUCAGAAGUGAUUAGUUCAGCUGUUAUUAGACAGAGAAGGAGCUGUAGAAGGAAACAGAUGUGUGAGAUGGGCAGAAGAGUUGAAAUCAUCCUCACAGGUCACCACCAUUUUACGUCACAGAGAGAUGCACAGGAGGCGAUCAUACAUCAAAGUCUCAUUAGUUUGAAAUAAGGAAUGAUUAAAUUUUUUCUCACGUGAGCAACAGUAAAUGUGCCAUUAAUGAAGAAUAUUCACAGUAAGAGCAAUCAAUACCUAGAGUGUAACAAUGUUGUCACAGCACACAGACAUUAAAGAUAAAUGCACAGAAACUCGGAGCAUGUGAAACAGCCAGUCCAACUUUUACGGUGCUAUUUGAUUUUUACGUAUAAAAGUUGGGGAGCAACUGUAGGUGAACUCUACCAGCUCAUUCCUGAAUUUUGCAGUCUGAGGGAAUGAAAACGCUUCUAUUUAAACUGCAGCUCAACCCCCACAUGCUACACAGCAGGUGAUUGCUUCUCACUCCCCUCUUUCCUUCCACUCCAUCAAUCCCCACUUAAUUCCACACCUCAUCCCACCACGACAAGAUGAAAUGUACCAUUGAACCAUUCAAGCCCUUUCUUCCAUUGUCUCUAAUUUACUGCAGCAUCACAGCCCUGCAAUAAUGGCAACCCGGAGCUCAGUAAAACUGUAUAUACAGUAAGUGUGUUGGAGGAGGAGAGCUGCAGCUUCUCCACGAGAAAGUGCAUCUAUGAGAAUGAAAAGUAUAGAGUUUAAAUUGCUGCUGAAUAUAUAUAUAUAUAUUUUUGGGAAUAUGAUUUAUCCCCCUUUUGAUUGAUUCAUUUGUCAAUGAUUUAUCAGCCACAUCACCUGUCAGAGUGCAAAAUUGAUAAUUAAGCCCAAUUGCUUAUAUUCGUUCCCUUAAUUUUCAGAGAAAAACAACUAUUUUUUAUUUCUCCUCACUCAAACAUGUUGGUAUUUAAGUUGGAAAUAGGAAGCAAAGUGAAAAUGAGCGUGGCUGUUGGUGUCAGGCAGCUGAAGGUGACACUGACAGUCCUCAGCACAGACUGCAAGUGGCAGGUGGGCCAGAUGCUGCUGGGUACAUGGUUAUAUGGUAGAGUCGCAUAUAAGGGCUAUUUUCACCCUAAUAUUCUUCCCCCACUUCCCCCUGAACUGCCCUGCCCUUCUUUUUUGACAAAUGAAUCAACCAACAGGCAUAAAUGCAUGGCCUGACUCUUGAAGCUUGAACUUUUUCUGGAUGGGAUAGAUUUUUGCUUGUUGUGUGUUCAAUUUAGAAAAAUUAAAAAACUUGCCUUAACCAUGACUGAAAGAUAAAAUAAAAACAUGUUUUCACUUGCAUCUCACUUGUUUCUGAUGAGUGCUGACACUUUUCAGACUGCUAUACAACUGUGACUGUACGUGCUGCUAUCUCCUGCAGUGAUAUUCCUCUCAAAGCCAAAUAAAAACAUUUAU